GGCUAACGGAUGGCGGUCUCAUCGUCCUCCUCGUCCUCGUUUUCCAACUACUUGAUGGCGGUAUUUGCCCAGGAUAGCAAUAGUAGCGGCAGUGCCAGCGGCAGUGGAGCAGCCGCCGACUCGGAGGACUCCCAAAUUGGUCAGGAGGCCACUUCCGGGGGGCAGGAGAAUCAGGGGAACCACAGGCGGCGGCCGCCGCGCCAGAAGAUCAAUGCUAGGGAGCGCUACAGGACUUUUAAUGUUAAUUCCGCCUACGAAGCAUUACGAAAUUUAAUACCCACGGAGCCCAUUAAUCGCAAGCUUUCGAAGAUCGAGAUCAUCCGCCUGGCCAGCAGCUAUAUAACGCACCUAAGUAGCACCCUAGAAACAGGAACUGAAUGCCAGCCAUGCUUGCUGCACAAGUACGAGAGCGAAGGAGUAACUAGGCGUAUCAGUAUCUGCACCUUCUGCCUAAAAACCAAGUGAAAUUAUAAAUUAACUGGAUAUAUUUAAGAAUUUUGUUCUUAUUCGUCGUAUCUGUUGCAUUUAAACAAUAGUUUAUAACUUUUAAAUUGAGCGCCUAGCCGUGGCGCCACCUAUGCUCAAUUGCUGGAACUAAAUGUAUUCAAACGUGAACUGCUUGCCGUGGUAGAACUGCUUUCCUAAACUGUUGUAUUUCUCCAACAUUUCGA